AUGAUUCGCGCCCUUUCCAAGCAAUUGGCGCCCUGGGGCCCCGCAGUAGCUGCACUGGAGCAGCGCCUGGUAGGCUGCAGCGCGCUGCUGGCCCCCCAGAUUGGCAGCACCUCCCAGCAGUGGCAGGCCCCAGCCGCAGCCCUCCAGCAGACCGCCUGGAUGUCCACGGACGCAUUCAAGAAGCACGUGCACAAUGCGGGGCCGCGCUCGCUGCAGUUCCAGCGCCAGCCGGCAAAGGAGAUGGUGGAGGAGGAGCAGCGCGGCUUCACGUUCAAGGCCCUGCUCACCCUGGGCGGCUACUAUUCUCGCGAGAGCAGGCACAUGCGCGCGGCGCAGCGGCUGUACACGGCCGUGACCGAGCAGGCGGUGGCACCCGCCUUCCUGCAGGCCAUGGGCAUCCCUGAGGAGUUCCAGCAGAUGCACUCCUCCAUCUGCCUGCACAUCUGGCUGCUGCUGGUGCGCCUGCGGGCGGAGGGCAAGGACGGCAAGCACCUGGCGCAGCUGCUGUAUGACGACUUCCAGACAGAUGUGGAGGACAGGACGCGCAAGGCGGGGGUGCGGGUGCGGCUGCAGAAGCAGCUGACGGAGCUGGAGAAGCAGUUCUACGGCAGCAGCAUGGCGUACGACCGCGCGAUGGCUGGGCAGGAGGCGCUAGACAAGGCGCUGCUGCGCAACGUGUACCUGCAGGAUGCGUGGAAGGCGGACGACGCGCAGCUUCUGGCGCGCUACGUUCGCAGGAUGGGUACCAAGCCCAAAACGCCGGGGGGGUUGGCCCGGGGCGGGUCGGGCAGCGGCAGGUCGGGGAAAAAGCGAAUUGUGGUGGCGGGCUCGGCGCUGUCGAAGAUCAGCACGAGGAGCUGGAAGAGGUUGGCGCGGCGCGCGGGCGUCCUGCGCAUGUCGAAACAAUGCUUCGACCCACAGGAAGGCAUCGGCAGCGCCCUUGAGGAUUUCCUGCGCCGCUUCCUGAGGCGCUGCAUCCCGGUGGUGGAGUAUGCGCGCCGCUUCACCGUCACUCCCAACGAUGUGGCCUUCUCGCUCAAGCAGAUGGGCAUCACGCUGUAUGUCGAGGGCGCAGACUGGACGUACGGCUCCUACACGCGCUCGUAUGUGCGGCGCCGCGUGAUGGUGCGCCUGCCCGAGCAGCUGCUCAUCGAGGCAGCCGCUCACCGCGCCGAGAGCGAGGUGGCGUCGGCCCAGGGCGGCGCAGAGGGCGCAGCGCCUGCAUCGGUAGAGCGCGCCGCAGCGGCGGCACGCGAGGAGGAUGACGAUGAGCAGGUGGAGGCGGCCUCGGCAGCGCGGCGUGCCGACCAGGCGGAGCAGGAGCAGGCGCAGGUGGUGGCUGACGGCGCCGAGGGCAUGGAGGUGGUGGUGGCUGCAGCCGCGGCAGAGCAGGAGAAGGAGCAGGCAGGCGAUAAGGGCAAGGGGGAGCCUGUUGCGGCGGCAGGAGAGCGGCGGCUGUCUGGUGUGCCCACACCGGGCAACCUGCCCAUGAGCAAAGAGCGUGCUCAGGAGGUGCAGGGCUGGAUUGCGGACGUCAUGCACGGCCCGCUCAGCAUGCAAGGCUAUGUCAAUCGCAAGGAGCUCAGGACGGUUGUGCUGGCCAAGCACAGCUGCACCGUGGGCGAGGUGCAGGAUGUGCUGUUCUCCCUGGAGCGCGCAAAGGCGAUCAUGGUGGAAGGAGACGACCUGUACCUCUGCUCUGCCUGAGUGCCUGCUGGCCUCCUGCAGGCAGCGCCGCUCCCGGGCAGGAGCCUGCCGCCGGGUGCAAGCAGCAGCCGCCGGGUGCUAGCAGCAACCGCGGGCUGGAGCUGGAGAGGCAACAAGCAGCGGCAGCAGCAGCCAUGCACAUACAUUCAUCAGCAGCAAUUUGGAUGCUGACAUUGGGCAGCCUAAGGACAGGACACACUUGCAUGCAUGCAUCAUCAUGUUCCACUGCAUUUGCACAUUGCGGCAGUUCCCCAGUUCCCACCGGCCGGCAUGAGUGUAAGCCACCUGAGCUGU